GUGGAUUUUUUUCCUGGCUCCCAAAUACUCGGUUAAACGUCAACGUGAGUGGUACUUCAGCUCCGAACAUCAUAAUCUCUUCUGCUCGCUGAUUCUCCUAUGAUUACUGUCAUUUGAAACACACGCGUUCUCGGCAAGCAUCACUCAUCACCAUGAUCAAGUUCACGCUGAUGUUCGUCUUUGCUCUGGUUCUUGCUGCCUCUAGCGGCGCGGACUCCUUUGUGGGCGUCCACGACCCGGAGUAUGGCACUGAUGUCUUCACUGGCGUGCCAUACGUCUCUCGUCCAACUCGUCUCCAUGCUCCUAUGCCACUAUCUGGCGAUCAGGGAGUUGUCCUGGCCAAUAAGUCUAUCAGCAACCGAUGCUUCGAGCUUGGCCCAGGUGCCUCCUCGAUCGCUGGCUCGGAGGACUGCUUGACUCUUGAUCUCAUUCGUCCUUCAACUGGCCCGAGUGGUAAAAGCAAUCCUGUCGUUGUCCUGGCUAAUCCAAUGUCACCUCCACCAAAGAAGCUUCUUCCUGUCUACGUUUUCUUCCAUGGCGGCGACUUCAACUCUGGUGAUAAGUCUGACUACGAUGGUCGUAACCUCGUCAAGACUAGCAUUGCUUUGGGUAAUCCUAUCAUCUAUGUCGCUGUCAACUACAGGCUUGGAUUCCUUGGCUUUCCAAGUGGCAGAGAGGCUGAAUCUCAUUCUGCCACGAACCUUGGUAUUCUUGAUUCGAGAUGGUCCUUGAUCUGGUUACAACAGUUCAUUUCAUACUUCGGCGGAGACCCAAAGAAGGUCAUCAUCGGUGGACAAGGCAGUGGAGCUGAUAUGGUUGCAUUUCACUUGCUGGGUUAUGGAGCCAAGACCGAUAGCCUCUUUCAUGGUGCCAUCCUUCACAGUGGCUCUGCAGCUGGUCGUUCUCCCAUCCCUCGCCCUAACCACACUGAAUGGCAGAGCCACUACGAUGCCAUUGCCUCAGCAACUGGUUGCAACAAUUAUCCUGAGACUUGGUCCUGCCUUCAAAUUGCACCGAUCAAUUCACUGGUGAAGGCAUCUAGCAAAGUUUUCGCUGAUACGAAGCUUGCUAAUCCCGCUUCUGUAUUUUCUCCAGUUGUUGACGGUACAUUCUUGACCGAUUUCCCAUCCACUCUUAUGGAGGAAGGAAAGUUUGCACAAGUACCAAUCCUGAUCGGAACAACUACAAGCGAACUUGUCAAUUUUGUACCAAUAUACAGCGGAUUUGGAACCGAUGAGAGCAUCAUCGCCUACUUGAAGUUGCUCUUCCCAUAUGUCAGUGAUGCAACACUUCAGAGCCUUUUGUCGUACUACCCAGUCUCCCGAUACAGAAACAUCGGCCCACCUCUCUCCGGUGCUCAAUGGAGUCGCGUUGUCGCCAUCCUGAACGACUUACAGAUGUUCUGCCCAGCAAACACCAUGGCACUGCAAGUCUCCAAUGUAAACAACGUUUUCAAGUACCGCUUCAACGCCGUCCUUCAAUCAUCUCCUGUUAAAUCAUGGGAAGGCGUCCCACAAGGCAGCGACCUCCGAUACUUAUUCCCCAUUGGUGGUGUCGACAUGUCAAAACAAAGCCCAGCAGACCUGACUGUAAUGGCCAAGUUCCAACGCUCGAUCAUCAGCUUUAUCAACAAGCUUGAUCCUAAUGGCAUCCCUGCGUCAGAUACUUGGGAGACAUUUGACUCCUUCACUCAAAGUAGCCUCGUGUUUGAGCGUGGAAAUACCCCAGCAGCUGUCGAGAGAUUUGCAGUUGAUCAGAGCGUGUGUGCUUUCAUCAACAGCAAGAACGUGGAGUUUCUGCGCUAG